AUGCUGCCCUUCCUCUUCACGGCAGGCCUUCUAACGGCGGGCAUAACGAAUGCUGGCACAGGACGCGCCUUACCAGCGAACGCGCCUCAUGGCUACACACCGCAAGAGGAUGACUGCCCUUCCGACGCGCCGACCAUUCGAUUAGCCUCUUCGCUAUCCGACGAAGAGACAUCAUGGCUCAGAAGUCGACGACAAGCUACCUUAGAUCCCAUGCGCGAUCUGUUGGGCAGAUUGAAUAUCAGAGGAUUGGAUACGGACCAAUACAUCAACAACCAUCGGAACAAUGUCAGCAAUCUACCGAACAUCGGCAUUGCAGUUUCGGGUGGAGGAUACAGGGCGAUGUUGAACGGAGCUGGUGUGCUAGAAGCAUUCGACAGCCGGACACCAAACUCCACCUCUGCUGGGCAGCUUGGUGGUCUGCUGCAGUCAACCACUUAUCUGGCCGGUCUUUCAGGCGGCAGCUGGCUUGUCGGCUCGAUAUACACCAACAAUUACACCUCCGUCAACGACAUCCUGGCGCAGGACACGAGCGACGACGACUCGGGAGAUAUCUGGCAGCUUGAGAAUUCCAUCUUCGAAGGACCAGACUCCGACGGGAUCCAACUCUUCGACAGCGUCGGAUAUUACGCCACGCUUGUAUCAGACACGGACAACAAGGAUGGUGCUGGUUUUAACGUCACCAUCACUGAUUACUGGGGCCGUGCGCUGAGCUUCCAGCUGGUCAACGCUACGGAUGGCGGACCUGAAUACACUUGGUCUUCAAUUGCAGAGCAAGGAUGGUUCAGCGAUGGAUCAGCCCCAAUGCCACUACUCGUUGCGGAUGGCAGAGCACCGGGACAGAAGAUCGUGUCCGACAAUUCGACCGUCUACACGUUCACCCCUUUCGAAUUUGGUAGCAACGAUCCGACUGUCUACGGCUUCGCACCAAUGCAGUACGUCGGCACUGACUUCUUCGCGGGAGAGACGAGCACCGACCAGUGCGUGACGGGUUUCGACAACGUGGGCUUCGUGAUGGGUACUAGCAGUUCCCUCUUCAACAGCUUCCUCACCACAAUCAACAACGCGCAGACCGCCGGCCUUUUCUCCUCCGCACUCCAAGACGCCCUUACCGCUGUCCUCCGUACCAUUGGUGAGGAUGACGAGGACAUCGCCGACUACCCUAAUCCCUUCUUUGGCUGGCGUAACGAGUCCAACCCCAACUCAGGCGACCAACAACUCACUCUCGUCGACGGCGGUGAGGACCUCCAGAACAUCCCGUUCCACCCGCUCAUCCAGCCCCUGCGCCACGUGGAUGUCAUCUUCGCCGUUGACUCCUCUGCCGACACUAACGCCUCCUGGCCCGUCGAUGGUUCCGCUCCGGGAUGGCCCUCUGGGGCGGCGAUCAUAGCGACAUAUGAAAGAAGCCUCUCAGAUAUCGGCAACGGCACCGACUUUGCCUCAGUCCCAGACGUCGACACCUUCUUCAACCUCGGCCUCAAUAAACGCCCCACCUUUUUCGGCUGCGACGCGUCGAACCUCUCCUCCCCAUCCCCCUUGAUCGUCUACAUGCCCAACGCCCCCUACGUCUACAACUCCAACGUCUCGACCUUCGACCUCGACUAUAACGACACGGAGCGCAACGCCAUCGUGCUGAACGGGUACAACAUGGCCACGCAAGGCAACGGCAGCAUCGACGACCAAUGGCCUACUUGCGUCGGCUGUGCUAUUCUGAGCCGGAGUCUGGAUAGGACGGGGACGGAUGUGCCGAGUGUGUGUCGGGAUUGCUUUGAUCAGUAUUGUUGGGAUGGGACGACUGAUAACAGUAAGCCUGAUCCUUAUCAGCCGAAUAUGGCAUUGGAGGCGGUUGAUGUGACCAGUGGAGCGCGGAGGUGGGCUGGGUCUGUGGUGGGAGCGGUGGGGUGUGCGGUUUUGUCGGGGUUGAUGGUGAUGUAG